CGAUCCCUUUCUUUCAGGGAAUGGACCCAUCAUCUUCUUUAUUAUUAUUUUCUUGGUCUUCUUGUGAGAAUCAAAAUUAUCAGCACCAUUGCAAACUCCUUUGCUACGACUUACGACAAACAAACAUCAGUACCAACAAGAAGUGUGUAACCGCAAGUUCAUUCUCUCAUAAUAAGAUUCUAAUCCCCAGUUGAAUGGAAAGUGAGUGAGUGAAGCCCUUCCGUAAAACUAACAACAAUCAGACUUGUUGUCUUGUCAAGUCAAGUGCCUGUGGUGGGGAUUGGAUGAAGAAAAGUUGAGCUAACGAAGCACCGCAAUUUGCAUUUAUUAUCACGGGCUCGUCAUCUUCUUCUUGGCAGUACUCGCAACAGCAGCAGCAGGAGUAGAAAAUUAUCAAGUAGAAUGGUUCAACGACGAGUCGAAUAUUGUAUUUCAGUGGAUGUGGACGAAGACGCAAAAAUUCCGAUCUGAAAGGGAUUUGAAAAAGGCUUGGUUGAGGAAUUUCACGUUGGACUUUUAAUGUUCAUAGAGCGGAUUAUUAAGCUAUUAACAAGAAUUCUGCAGUGUUUGGUGUUUUAGCAGUGAAGAAGAAGAAGAAGACGAGUUAAGUGUGGACUGCCCACCUGUGGCGUUGGUUCAAAUAAAAUAUCCUCGUAUUCAAAAGACUUUUGAAUCAAUUCAAUAGAAGCAUAAAUUUUGCCUUGAAAGCAGUACAAACCGAGUUUUGUUUUAUACACCGGUAUUUAAUUCUCAUUGCCUUGUUAAAGUUUGGGUGGCAUCAGAGUCGGCGUCGCAGAAUUGGCAUCUUUCUAGUAAUAAUAAGAAACGAGAAAUACAUUUCUGCAGAUGAAGAGUGUACAAGACACAGAUAUUAAAUCUUAAGAAAUAAUUGAAAAUAUUUUAAAGUUCUCAACUAUACUGUUUCAACAUUCGCUAUUCAGAGAUUCUGCGAGUCGUUGGUUGGGAAAUACGCUACGGGAUAGAAGAAACUGUAUGCAACUGUUGCACCAAAAAUUUAACCGUGUUUCCUUCAGUUUCACCUAAAAUCCAAUCAUCUCACAAGGAUAAAAGUCAGUGUUGCAAAAGCAUGAGGAACGUGAUGGUGUGAUAUUGUGCUGAAUCCGGCCUGGCAAAAUCAUUAAUCAGUCAAUUCAUUGAAAUCAUCAGAAAAAUAUUAUCCUCAACAAAGUGCGACUCUAAUCUGGCGAGAGUGCAAACAGGAAAUAUUGUAAUUAGACCGCUAACGAGUACACGAAAGUGUAUUAUAAAUAAUGACGCCGCAGCAGUGGUUGUAAAGUCUUCAGGUGACUUAAUCCAACGAGGGCUGCUCUCCAUGCAAUUUAAUUGAAUGAGACGACGUCCGAGAAUCAUUAUCCACGCUGCGACCAACCCAACCCAACAAUAAUUAAUGAAGACAAUGCAAUGGACGAGAAUCAUUAAAUUGUUGUUCAGGGUGUGUUCCAGUGAAACACGAGGAAAUUGACCGGUAACAAUUGUGUACAUUCUAAAAAAUCCAAGGAUCAAGAAACAUUUUCAUCCCGUUGAGAAACAAAGUUACAAUAAUGUCGACAAUAAUCGGUGGUGGGGGUGGAAUCCAGUCGGAUUAUGUGCUGGAAAUAAGCAACUUAUACUUCACUGGCCAUAUUGAACCACAAACGUGGUUGAAACAAAUUACUGGAACAACCCGGACGGGACUUAUUCUUCGCGAUGUCUCUCUGGAAGUUGGAUCUUCCAAUAUUAUGGCCAUUUUAGGUUCAAAAGGAAGUGGGAAGAAAGCUUUACUAGAUAUUAUUGCUUGUCGUGCCAAUAACGGGUCCAAGAAAGGAUACGUUCUGCUCAAUGGAGUCAAUAUGAAUCGAAGACUAUUUCACUCGACGUGUAGCUACAUCACUGGACAAACGGACAAGUUUUUAAUGCCUGGGCUGACGGUGCAUCAGACGUUGCAUCACGAGGCAUGUCUCACUCUAAAAGUUCCUUCUUCCAUGAGAAAGAUACGCGUCCGUCAGAUUUUGUCCGAUGUUGCGCUCACCCAACUCGCCGGAUCCACGGUGGACAUGUUGACCCCCUCUGAAAAGAGGAGGUUGGCCAUCGGUCUGCACCUCAUCAAGGAUCCAGUGGUCUUACUGUGUGACGAACCAGCUUGGGGCCUAGAUCCUUUGAAUACGUACUUUAUCAUAUCAAUUUUAUCCAAUUACACGAAAAAGUAUGGCCGAAUCGUCAUCCUUACCAUGGAGAAACCAAGGUCGGAUAUUUUCCCGUUCUUGGACAGAGUGACCUAUUUAUGUUUGGGGGACGUCGUAUAUUCUGGAAAUACGAGACAAAUGUUAGACUACUUCCGUAAUAUUGGGUUUCCUUGUCCCGAGAUCGAGAAUGCCUUAAUCUAUUACUUGUGCCUCGCCACGGUGGAUCGUCGAUCGCAUGAAAAAUUUAUCGAGUCCAGCAAUCAAAUAGGACUUCUGGUGGACAAGUUCAAGCUGGAGGGCAACUCGUUCCUGCGACUGAAAGGGGGCGGAGGCUCGCUGGAUGACCAGAUGAGCAGUACGCGUGGCAUGGGCACGUCCGUCACUCCACUCCAUGCAUUCGGAAGACCUUCCGUUUUCGGAAAGAUGGCCACACUCAUGAUGCGAAAUUAUUCCAACACAUUUUUGUUCAGCAUGCAAGGACUUCACAACGUAUUUUUUCAGCUAUUUUUUCUACCUUUUCUAUUCUUCCUCAUGUGGAUCUUCUACUUUGGAAAGAACGACGAAACCCAAGCCAUAUUUGUCACUUAUAACGGGCUCGUCCUAAAUAUUCUGUGUAUUACCUACUUCGCCGCGGUGUGGUCGACAUUGUUAACUUUUGGACCCUUCCGAAAAAUGUAUUAUCAAGAAGCCCGAAACGGGAUCUAUUCGGGUCCCCUUUUCAUCACUGCUCACACAAUAUCCUCCGCCCCCUACGACGUCAUCACUUGCUUGAUCGGAUCAAGAAUAGUUUUCGAGUUGACGGGGCUCUCAUCCACGUCGGACUGGCUCCUCCUCUUCCUCGUCCUCCUCGCCUGCUACACUAUGGCGAAGCAACAAACGUUCGCUUCCAUGCUGACCUUAAAGAACAAAUUCUACGCGGUGGCGUUCCUCUCUGCGGGUCACGCCCUCCAAAUAACGCUGGGCUCUUGCACGGUGCGAAGCAUGCGAGGUCUCCCCGACUGGCAGUACUACUUGUCCUACAUCACCCAGCCCCGCUACGCCUCGUCCUAUCUGCAGGAACAGAUCUUUCUCGAGUACAAGGAUGUGAAUCUGCGCUCGGUGGUGGGGUCUCGGGGGAAUUGUUUCUCAUCCUCGUUUUCCCCCGGGUGUCGCUAUCUCAACGGGACACACUACUUGUACGACCGGUACUACACGCACUCGGUGGAUCGAGACGAUGUCAACACUUAUCUCAACUUUGGAAUUUGCUGGGCCUUCCCGGCCGUCGUAUUCCUAUUUUCACUCGUUGUAUACGCUUUACCCCUUCCGACCCUGGUCAAACAAAAGUUUAGGGAUUGACCAACCAAAUUACUGACUAGGAAUAACGGACUUGAACUAAUCUACAUAUGUUUAAUUUAUUAUUUACAAAAUGACAAAAUAAUGCAACAUGAUUGUAAUGCAAACUGAAAUUAAAAGAAUAUAUAAAUAUUUAUAUCAUGCCAA